GCAGGAGCCAGAGGAGGAGGAGGAGGAGGCGCCAAGGCUACUACCCUGGACAGCACCCGCGCCUCCCCAGCCCUCCUCGCUCAGCAGCCCUGCCGCCCCAGCCCCGGCCUUGGCUCCUGAGGCUGCGAAAUGGAGCAGCUGAAGGCUUUUGACCGAGAAAUAAAUGAGUUUGUGGACUAUCUCUUUGGACCUAGAGAUCCCAGGGUCAGAGGAUGGCUUAUGCUGGAUUCCUGCUUACCAACCCUUUCCCUCACUGUUUUAUAUCUGCUCUUCAUAUGGCUGGGCACCACAUUCAUGAAGAACAGGCCAGCUUUGUCACUCAGGGGUCUUCUUAUUGUAUAUAACCUCGGAGUCACAAUUCUUUCCUUUUACAUGCUCAUAGAGCUAAUUCUUGCCACUUGGGAAGGAGGCUAUAAUUUACAGUGUCAGAACCUGAACAGUGCAGGAGAUGCCGACAUUCGGGUGGCCAAGGUGUUGUGGUGGUAUUACUUUUCCAAAGUCAUCGAAUUUGCGGACACCAUUUUCUUUGUGUUGCGGAAGAAAAACAGUCAAAUUACUUUCCUUCAUGUUUAUCAUCAUGCCACUAUGUUCAACAUCUGGUGGUGUGUUAUGAACUGGAUACCUUGUGGACAAAGUUUCUUCGGACCUACCUUGAAUAGUUUUAUCCACGUCCUCAUGUAUUCCUACUAUGGACUAUCCGUCAUUCCAUCCAUGAGGAAGUACCUUUGGUGGAAGAAGUAUCUCACUCAGGCACAACUGAUCCAGUUUCUGCUCACCAUUACCCACACACUCAGUGCAGCUGUGAAACCAUGUGGAUUUCCACUUGGUUGCCUCAUUUUCCAGUCCUCAUACAUGAGCACACUGGUCAUUCUAUUUGUUAACUUUUAUGUUAAGACAUAUCGGAAAAGACCUUCAAGAGUUGACAUGAAAGAGGUCCCUCUGAUGAUGGAAGUCAAGAAUGGAUUCCAUAAAGACUACUUAAUGGCAGCUAACGGCACUCUGAACAAUAAAAAAGCACAAUAAGAAGUAGAAUUUAAUUAUUACAUUGUAGUGUACAAAAAUCUUUCUCACAUCUCCCUCCUUUUUUUCUAAAAAAGAGAAAAAUGAAAAAGACUAAGUUGAUCAGGCCAUCAUACACAACCUUAGUACAAGCUUCGACAUAGCUGCAUUACAUUGACCUGUCCUUCUUCGUACUCCCUGUUUAACUCCUUGCUGAUUACUUUAUAAUCAGUCAUUUUUACUAUUUUCAUAAAUGCCACUAUUAAUAUGAUGAGGGCUGUUAUCAUUUCCUUCACCCCAACAAAGCCACAGUUCUGUCAUUUUUGACACAGGCAGAAUGUUUAACAGUUGUCCCCCAGAGACAGGAGGUGCACCCAAUCUUGACUUCACUGGUGCUCCUCCAAGUUGAAUGGGAGCUUUUGCCUUCAGAGGUUUAGCAUUAGCAGAACUUUUAUAUUUCUUGAAGCAGCUGCAAAAGGGGAUCAUCCCCCCCCCCCAAGUAAUGGAUCCAUUGGCCACCCUUGUCCCCCAGAACAGAAAGGCAGGGUUGUGCUUUGAAUAAUGGUAUUCUAACUUUUGAAAACUAGCAGCAUAGUACAUGCUGGUUUACAAGGUUAUUUGUUGUUCUGAUAUGCACCAUCAUCUCUGUAUUCAGGAGAGUGUAUAUUUUAUUACAUCUGCAUGGUAACACAACUUUCUCUCUAUCCACUUCAAGUUUUAUACAUUGCAAUUUUAUAGAUUGUUUGGGCAAGAAGUCACUUGAGUCCUUAAAAGUUUUUGUAGGGCUAAAAAGGCUAACUACUCUUAUCACUAGUUCUAACAAAACCUUAAGGAAUUUAAAAUAUAUGGUGCAAUAGGAUUUAAUUACAAGUUUCUGACAACCAAGGCAUCUGAAUUGAAAUGGCACCAUCUUAUCCAGGGUAAACAUUGUGGGGCCUUCCAGAAGUUGAUGACUUUAGCUCCCAAUAUCCCUAGCCAGCACAGGCAGCAGUGAGGGAUGUUGGGAAUUGUCAUUCAACAUCUGAAGGCUUGAACAAUUCUUUCCCUAUUUAAAAAAACACAAUGGUAGGUGCCACCUUCUAAACUGGGGUGGGAAUCAUGCAGCACUCCAGACAUUGAUGACUGCUACUCCCAAGUCAACAUAGUCUGUGACAAAGAAUGCUGGGAACUGCUAUUCAACAAGAUCUGGAGGGCUGCAGAAUUCCCACCCAUUUGAAAGUCAGUCUUGCUUUGCUGGCUAAAGAUAAACAUGUUCAAAUGGUCAAUGUAAAUGUUUCAAGCUGUAAAGCCCAGAAACAGAACUCUAUCCUUCAUUUUUGUGGGUUUUUCGGGCUAUGUGGCCAUGUUCACAAAAAACUAUGGAUGCCGGCCAUGAAAGCCUUCGACUUCACAGAACUCUAUCCUGAUUGUGUCAGAGAGUCAAAUCACAAAAAUUAUUACAUACCAUCUUUUACUCAUUCAAUUACCCAGCCAAUUCCCUGGCUCUAAAUGUGGUUUUCCUCACCCUGCAUUUUACUUUUCUGUGGUUUUAGAAUUAGGAAAUAACUUAGAGCAUACGAAAGGUGCCUAUAUAAAGGUAAGCAUUAUUACAGUGCGUAUCACAUCACACAGUUGACAAGACCUAUAAUACAAUCCAAUGUAGAAGGAAAUUUUACCAAUUUUAGUAGGGCUUAUUUUCUAGUAAGGCUACAUAGAUCUGUAGUUUUAAAAUGAAAAGGAUUACACAAUAAUUUGGAUGCAUUGUUUUAGGAACUGCUCCUGUUCCACAGCAAAUCUCCCAAUGGAGCAGUUUUUUCCUAUUUAAUUUUAUUGGAAGUGGGUUUAUGCAUGAUCCAUACAUGCUUUGCCAUUGAACAGAGCUGAAACAAAAGGUACUUGAGGUAUCACCUCUGACUUUCGAGAAUGCUUCCUCCUCUCCACUGUUUUAGACUGCAACUCUCAUAACUACCUAGCAGUCAGUGGUCAAGAAUGAUAAGAGCUAUAAUCCAAAAGGUAGAGAAAGCACCCCUUUUCAGUAAAGUAAUGCAGAAAGGUUCUAUAAUGAUGGAUUAAUUCAGCACAUAAUCAUUUUCAGACACAGGUGAAAAGCUAGGGAGCAUUAAUGUUUAAUGCCAGUAGCCACAUGAGUUUUGCAAGAAAGAUGUUUUCAGUAACUCUAAAUUCAAUCAAAUUUUAUCUAAAAUAUUUGAAGAUAGGAAUUGGCAUUCCAAUAUAAGAUUUUUCAUUCAGUGUCAUGAUAUAAAGUACCUCAGUGCAGGCAUAUAUAUCUUUUGAGUAUUUAAGUCCUGACAUACAAGGGAGAAUAAAAGCAAUCAAUUUCUCCUCACUGUGGGAGAAAAAUAUUUCUCCACAAGUAUUCUUCAUGUACUUGACCAUCCAAAGUGUUGGGUAGGAAUUAUUGUGAAGUUUGAGAUGUUCAAAUACUGGAAGAAAACUGUACAGAAAUCUGUUUUUAUUAAUGGUGUUUCCAUGACUGUUUUUAACCUGUAAAUGGAUAAUUGUAAACGUUCUUUCUCGGUGGCAUGGGACAAUCCUACAUAUCUUAUUCAUGACAAAUCUGCUAGUAAUACUAAAACUGUGGUUGUUCAAUGCUACUGGUAAAGUUCCUUCCGCUUGAUUUCUGAAACAUAACUACUAGAAAUGGUUGAGUUUUAUCCAGAGGCACACUUUAAGGCAACUGAAUGUGUGUGGGAGAAGCCCAUCAUGACAGACAUUUGUGUGUGUUGUGUGCCUUUGAGUCAUUUCUGGCUUAUGGAGAUUUUAAGGUGAACCUAUCACUGGGUUUUCAUAGCAAGAUUUUGUUCAGUGCGAGUUUGCCUUUGCCUUUCUUUGAGGCUGAGAGAAUGUGGCAUGCCAAAGGUCACCCAGUGGAUUUCCUUGCUGAGUGGGGAUUCAGACCCUGAUCUCCAAAAUCAUAGUCCAACACUCAAACCAUUAUACCAUGCUGGCUCAUGAAAUGUUUCUGAACCAUUUAAAGGAUGCCAUCUUAAACAUGACAGAUUCCAUUCAGUUUGAGAGAUCAGGGCCAGCAAACAUUAAGAUUCUGCCUCUUCUUCUUUUGUAGGUUUUUUUAAAUGCUUGGUGGGGAGGAGAACACUGCCUUACUCAAUCUUUCAAAGGGCUGAAAAAAAUAAGCAAUGUUAAAAUUCACAACUGCUUGUUAAAUGAUAAUCAGAAAUGCUCUGAAUACAUAAGUCAUAAAAUGCUGCUGUUUUGAACCACCCUUGCGAUUAUGACUUUUUAAAAAAUUACUGUAAAAAUUUACCUUGGAAAAUAAAUAUACAUUUUACAGUCA